AUGCAAACAAAGAAAGAAGCCAAUUAUUGGAUCAAGGCAAUGCACUGUAUUCAUUUCCAAAAAGUAGUACUAAACAAAUGGAUAUUUAUUUCCCCCUGUAACAUAGAAAUGGAUCUAGCGAAACUUUCAUUUGAAAAAUGGCUUACUUUUCAAGUCUGCAUAAUGCUUGUCUUGCCUGGAGCAGAGCCAUUCAGCUGUUCCCCUAGCACAGUGAUCACAGGUGACGGGAAGUGUGCACUCCACUACAAAUGCCCAAUGCAACGCUUUCCCUCUGAAAUCUAUGGAGAUGGGCUUUACUGUCAUCCUGCUUCCAUUCAUUUCAGCAGGGGUUGCAGAGAUGUCUCAUUUAUUUCCCCUAGCAUGAGCAGUGAACUUUUGCAUUCACUUAAAUAUGCCUCUAUGAUUCACAUGCAGAUGAAGGUUAUCUCGCACAGAGCUGCAAUUUCUCUUGCUGCAUGGACAAAAACCAUUUCCUCCCUCCCUCAAAAUCUGUCAAAGGGUAGUGAUUUGAAAAAGGGCACAGAUGAUGUUGCUUCAUAUGGCAAACAGGGUUGA